AUGUCCCUCCGCAUCGCACCACCCUCAUCCCACCCCACUCAAACAUCCAAUACCUCAACCCGGCACCUUCCCAACACCCAUACCUCAAGAGGCGCUCCUUCCGCCCCUGGAGUCCCCGACACCCUCCGCUCAAACAUUACUCUCCAAGCUCCUCGCGGCGCUCCAUCCACUCAACCGGCCACACCAACCUCCACACAUCCUUUAGAAGCCCGCCUACUUGCGUGGCGCCAGACCCAAGAUGCACUGAAGAUGGAGGGUCUCCGCCGCACGUACGGUAUCGCGGAGCCCGUGCGCCGUGGCAUGGAGCUGAAGAUUGUUCGCGAUGGGACGUUCAGACCUGCUGUGCUGGGCGGUAAUAAACUGGGAAAUGUCCAUGAAGACAUCUUGGUCCUUGGGGGAAGGGAUACAGAGAUCGGAUGGGAGGAUGUUUUCCAUGGAGACGACUUCAGGGAGCCACCUUCCUUCCACGACGAGAUGGAGAAGCGGCUGCGGAUGGACUAG